AUGAGUGAGAGCACCGUUGAGCUGCAGCGGGCCAGACGCCGCUACAAGGCGCUUGUUCGCGAACGGGGGUCGCUAGCGGGCUCUGGCGCCAGCGAUCCUAUGGUCGAGGAGGAAAUUCGCAAGCUAGAGGAGAAGUACGCAGAGCUGAAGCCGCAUUCGCCGUCACCACUGCCAGACCACCGUGCUGCUACAUCUGCACCUGUGGCACCUUCCGCAACGAGGGAGGAAGUUGCAAAUCCGUCAGUGCCUAUGGCACCCUCUGCCUCCUCGUCGACCGAACGGCACCCCGCACCCACCCUGCCGCAGCCGUGCGCUCCGGUGGACGAGCUGUGUGUUGAGGCGACGCCCGCAGAUGCUCAGGCUCGCGCGGCGCAACUAAGGGCCGGUGCGCAGCUUCCGCCCAAGCUCGGCAGCCACCUUGUCCUCUUCUUCCUCCGGUUGUUCAACGAAACACACCAAAAAUCGCUCCUGGGCUGCUGGAACUGCGCGGCCAUCGCAGCCCUUUCGAUCGCCGUCGCUGUGUUGCACUGCACGGUGCUUGACCCGUCGUCCACAGCCGGCUCCCUCGUCACGCCCUCUUUCUUGUGUUGCCUUGUGCACGCAAGUAACCUUGCAUCCCUGCACACGCAGCGCAGACGACGGCUGAGUGCUCCCAUGCUCGCUGUAUACGUAUGCCUGGACGCUGCUCCAUCGCUGGCGCUCGGCUUGGUCGUCUACAACCUUUCCGUGACACUGAUGAGACUCUACGGCGUUCACCCAGCGCCUUUUGUUUGCUGA